AUGAGAGCUAUAACAGAUCCUGUAUUUAGUAAGUAUUUGUUGAGGGUGGGUGACAGAGAAGAACCAUGCAAUUUAAAUGAUGAAAUAACAAUUCCUCCAUCAAUGAUUAUCCCACCUAGGCAAAAUAUUGCGGUUGUGGAGCAACUUAUAAGUUUUGUGUUCCCAGAUUUAAAACGCUAUUCUGUUGAUGCAAUAUGUAUGACGCAAUCUACAAUACUAGCACCUAGAAAUGAUUCCGUGGAUGAGAUAAAUGAGUUGUUGAUGAAUAGAUUUCCAGGAAAAGAGUGCAUUUAUACAAGCAUUGAUGAAACAAUUAACCCAGCAGAUCAAGGUCUAUAUGUCAAUUUCAUACACUCAAUAUGCCCUCCUGGCAUGCCAGCGCACCAACUUGUGCUAAAGGAAAACUGCCCGGUAAUGAUGCUACGGAAUUUGGAUCCUUCCAAGGGGUUAUGCAAUGGAACCCGACUGAUAUGUCAGAAAUUGCAUAAGCAUGUUAUAAUGGCAGAAAUAGUUGUUGGAGAGCAUCAAGGCGAUAUUGUAUUUAUACCUCAUAUCUCAUUACAGCCAACCGAUGCUAAGCUUUACCCUGUGCAAUUCACCAGGCGUCAAUUCCCAAUAAGGCUAUGUUUUGCUAUGACGAUAAACAAGGCUCAAGGACAGACGUUGGAUAUUGUUGGCGUUAAUUUGCAGGAACCGGUGUUUUCGCAUGGACUACUAUAUGUUGCUCUUUCCCGUGACACAGCAGCAUCGAAAAUAAAAGUCGUAGUAGAUGCGUAUAGUGAUAGGGACAAAACUGCAGCAUUGACUAAAAAUAUUGUGUAUGGAGAGAUACUAAAUGAAGCGCAGUCAAAUUGGUUUAGAGUUAAUGUUGUUUGGAUUAAUACUUGUGUUAACGUUAUUGCGUGA